GAAAAAGAAAAGGAAAAGCUUGGAACUGACUCCAGAAUUUUGGCCAAGUAAAUUAUCAACUCUCAAGUGAUACAGGAGGGAGUAUUAGCAAUGGAGGAAGAGUACUCGGUUGAUCCGGCUCUGUUACUGGCGGCUGCCACCGACUUCGCUAAUCAUCCCGGAACUCAGUCCGACGCUUCAGCACAAGAAUUUCUCAAUCGCUUCCCUCUCCCCGCCAUUAUCAAUGCUUUACAAACAAAAGCAGAUUAUCCAGGACUCGAAAAUGCAUUGGUUGAUAGCUUGGAAAGAAUUUUCAAAACAAAGUACGGAGCAUCCCUCAUCCCACAUUUCAUGCCAUUUGUUGUAGUUGGUUUGGGGGCAGAUUCUCAAAAAGUCAGAUAUUUAGCUUGUGAAACAGUGUCUUGCCUUUUGGAGAACAUUGAUGACAGUACAGCUGUACAUCUAAUUCAUCAAUAUGGUGUGUACCCACUUUUGUUAAAUUGCGUAAUUGAUGGUGAUGAACAAGUUGCAACUGUGUCAAUGGAUGCCAUUAAGAAUUUGGCUGGUUCUCCAAACGGCCUGGCUAUCAUUUUUCCAGCAAAUAUUAGUGAACCAACACAGCUUGGAAACUUGGCUGGGAAAUGUUCAUCACUGGGAAGAGUUCGAGUGCUGGCGUUGAUAGUGAAGCUUUUCUCUAUUUCCAGCUCAGUUGCAUCUCUAGUCUACAGCUCCAAACUUCUUAGUCUAUUGGAGAGAGAAGUUAGUAACACAAAUGACACUCUUGUUACAUUGACUGUGUUGGAACUCCUAUACGAGUUAGCAGAAGUUCAGCAUAGUACAGAAUUCUUGUCAAGAACCAUGCUUCUUCAAUUGAUGAGUUCGAUAAUCGGAAAUGCAUCUGCUGAAUCAAUUUUAAGAUCAAGAGCAAUGAUGAUAACUGGAAGACUGCUUUCAAAGGAGAAUGCUGUUAGGUUCAUUGAUGAAUCAAGUUUUAGAGCUCUUGUCUUGGCUAUUGAUAGAAGGUUUGAUUUCCUUGAAAGCCAAGAUGCGGAUGAAUGUGAAUGUGCUCUUGAAGCUUUGGGUCAAGUUGGGCUAUCAAACCAGGGAGCUGUGUUGCUCCUUACAGGUUCACCUCCUGCUGCUAGACAUGUUAUUGAUGCUGCCUUUGACCGGCAACAGCAUAAUAAACAACUGGCUGCUUUGCAUGCACUGGCGACCAUUGCUGGAGAACCUCGGUCUGAAAAUGAUGUGAUUCUCACUGGUGGUGCAGAAGAAAACCUUCAACGCUUAAUCUAUGAGAUGGCAUCUAGGACUUCAAAACUUACACCAUCAGGCCUUCUCCAAUCAAUACUCCAACAGGAUUCAGAUUUACGUCUGGCGGGCUACAGAUUGAUAAUAGCUUUGGUGGCUCGACCUUGGUGCUUGCUGGAGAUAAUCUCAAGACAAGAGAUCAUUAAUGUAGUGAUUAACACAUAUACAGAGACCAAAAAGAUAGGUAUGGAACUUAGGCAUAAGUGUUGCCAGGCAAUCUACAGGGCAUUAACUUCGUCAAGUAAACUAAUCAGUGAUCCUGCUUUGGCUGACAUAGCUGCCAAGCUACAGGAAGCCAUCAGAAGGGGCCCUUACAUGGUAAGAACCCGCACUGAAGCUCAACCAGUGGUGAUGACAGCUGAGAGAUUUUAGAUGAGAACUGCUUAUGAAAGACUCCAACAGCAGAGACUUUCAAACUAUCCUGUAAACUGAUAACCACAGCAAAAAGUUACUUGGAGAGACUGACAAUGCUAACUUUUGGUUGCAUAAAAUCGGAUUGAGUGCUGCAUGUAUAUCAGCUGUAAACACUUUCUGUACAACAGUUACUAUGAGCCAAAGUGUGAGAAUAUGUGAAAUACUUGGAAAGAUCAAGUUUCUUCUUAGAUUAUGGCAUCAGGACGGUGUUGGUUGAAGAUUUUGCGUAUAAUGCUAAAGUCCUCUUUAGGAUUCUGUUUU